AUGUCUGAGAAGCCAGAGUCGCAGUUCAUCAGCGAACUAGGCCGCGCAGCCAGUCCUGGCGUGGAAGAUGCCAAGCACUCGAUAUUCAGCGGCGACGCCAAAGAAGCGAUCAAGAAGGAACAGCGCUUGACCUUUUGGCAAGCAAUACGCCUAUAUCCAAAGGCGGUCGGCUGGUCGUUGUUUCUUUCGACUGCGGUAGCUAUGGAAGGCUAUGACAUCGUCCUGAUAGCAUCUUUCUUCGCGUUUCCUCCCUUUCGUCAACAAUUCGGAGAUCGACUCGCAAAUGGAUCAUACCAGGUAUCUGCAGCUUGGCAAUCGGGUCUUUCCAACGGCGCGCGUGUCGGCGAGAUCCUGGGCCUUAUAAUCAACGGCUGGGUCUCGGAGCGAUAUGGCUAUCGUAAGACAAUGAUGGGAUUUCUCGUCACAAUGAUAGCGUUUAUCUUCAUCCCAUUCUUCGCCACGAACAUCGUAACUCUGCAAGUCGGCACGAUUCUAUUGGGCCUACCUCGGGGUGUCUUCCAGACUUUGACAACGACUUAUGCCGCCGAGGUUUGUCCAAUGGCUCUUAGAGGUUACCUGACCACAUAUGUCAAUAUGAUGUGGGGCGUAGGACAGCUGAUUGCUUCAGGUGUGUUGCGAGGCUUCUUGCAGAGGAGCGAUGAGUGGGCGUAUCGCAUACCGUAUAGCUUGCAGUGGAUGUGGCCUGUUCCACUUCUUCUGGGUGCAGCAUUCGCGCCCGAGAGUCCUUGGUGGCUCGUCAGGAGAGGUAGACCCGAAGAUGCGAGAAAAGCUUUGACAAGAUUAACCAAUAAUCCCGAUGCGGUGGAAUUGGACCAAACAGUGGAGCUGAUGAGGCGAACAAAUGAGCUGGAGAGGAGCAUUUCAGAAGGAACUUCAUUUCGGGACUGCUUCAAGGGCGUCAACUUGAGAAGAACAGAGAUCUCGUGCUUGACCUGGGCUGUGCAACCACUCUGUGGUGCCUCACUCAUGGGCUUCGCUGCGUACUUCUUUGAGCAGGCUGGCUUGAGCACAGAUGUUGCAUUCGACUUCUCCAUGGGAAUAUACUCCAUAUCCAUCGUCGGAGUCGUCAUAGCUUGGUUCACGAUGACAUACCUGGGCCGCCGCACUCUGUUCCUCGCCGGCCUGACCGCAAUGUGCCUAAUUUUACUCAUCAUCGGCUUCGUCUCUCUGGCUCCGUCUCAGUCGGCAGGUCCGAACUUCGCCAUCGGUUCUCUCCUCUUAGUCUGGGCACUUUGCUACGCUGUCACAGUCGGCACCGUGACCUACUCCAUCGUCACCGAAAUCCCUUCCAAUCGUCUCAGAACCAAGACAGUUGUGCUUGGGCGCAGUCUAUACAACGUGCUCGGCAUCAUAAAUGGUGUUAUCACGCCUCGAAUGCUGAAUCCUAGCGCUUGGAAUUGGAAGGGCAAAGCUGGCUUCUUUUGGGCUGGCAUGUGUGCGCUGUGCGCUACCUGGAGCUUUUGGAGGUUGCCGGAGACCAGGGGCAGGACGUAUGCUGAGCUGGAUGUGCUGUUUGCGAAUGGUAUUGGUGCGCGGAAGUUUAAGAUGACCGAUGCUGAGCUGUUGGAAGCGCACGCGGCGCCGGAGCAAGGUGCAUACAGCAAACCAAAGAUUUGA